AUGGUGGGAAGAAGGAAAAACCGCGCGGCUGCACAGCCUGCUGCCAGGACUCCUAGUAUUUCUACGCGUUCUGGGCGCACCGUACAAGAUCCCAUUCCAAUUCCCACUACUACUCGUGGAAGAGGUCGAGGCCGAGGACGUGGUCGCGGCCGUGGCCGUGCUAGUCUUCCUGGUCAUCUUCCUUCUAAUGAACCACCGAGCGAACUUCUAUCGCCGAGCAGACCAGAAGUUCGCUCGCACAUCAUCAAAUUAAAAUUUUCCUCAUUCAAACUAAUUCAACAUGCCGAUUCUGAUGGUCCCCGUGAUGGGGAAAAUGAAAACGGAACCAGUGCGGUCUCACAAAACCCAGAGACCCCUCGCACUCGGCGUCCUCGGCACCCUCGGACUGUUCCUGAGUCUUCGCGGACCACCCGGCAGUCAGCAAGACUGAAGCCAGAUGGAGAUGGCGCCUUCGAAGAAGAUGCCUCGCCAACCAAGGUCAUUGAUAAUCAAACCACCCAGCCAGAUGGAGAUGGCGCCUUCGAAGAGGAUGCCUCGCCAACCAAGGUCAUUGAUAAUCAAACCACCCAGCCAGAUGGAGAUGGCGCCUUCAAAAAAGACGUCUCGCCAACCGAGAUCGUUGAUAAUCAAACCACCCAGCCAGAUGAUGACGUGGAAUCUCACCAGUAUGAUGAGGAAUUCAAGUCUGAACCUCCAUUUGAAAAGGUCUCUCAAUUUUCUGACGAUAUCUCCGAGUCAGUUUCGCGCAAGCGGAAGUCACUCGAACUGCAAAAUGGGACCCCGGAUAUUGAUUCCGAGGAUCUUAUGAACAAAAAACCGCGGACUGAUGAGACUGAAACAUCUCCCGAGGACAUUCCUAUUCCUUCGGAAGAAUUUGACCCCCCUGAUUUCAACUCUACCGUUCGAGGAGGCCGUGGAGGUCGAGGAGCCCGCGGCGGCCGGGGUCGAGGACGUGGCCGGGGCCGUGGUCGUGGAGGCCGCGGUGGAUUCGUCGGCCCAAUUCGACCUACAGCAGUUACCAAGCCUCGAGGCGGUCGAGGACGUGGCCGUGCCAAGGCCACCAUUAUCAAACGCGGCAAGAAAAUCGAAGACGAGAUCUGGGACGUUGCCGAAAAUUGGCGUGGUCCCACCCCAUCGCCUACUCCAGAAUCAAUGCCGACAAAAACUCGCCAGGAGGAAAUGUCUGUGCUUUUUAAGAAGGUUGGCCAAGCCCAGAGUAUUGCGCUGAGUUUCAUGGCCGAUCAGACCAUGCACAGGCUUGCUCGCGAGAAGAAUGGACACAAAGAAUGUCCUGAAUUCGAACAAGUCCAGCGGGAUCUGGACGAGUACGAACGCAAGGCAAUUGAGAGACUGAACAACGAGUACAAGGUGAACAUUGAAAUGCAGACUCGGAAGCAUGAGGCCAAUAUUCACAUUAUAAAAGAUACUGCAAGGAUCGAGGAAGUCCAAGAGGAGAUGCUUACGAUGCUUAUGGGCAAGAUGAUGGCCCUGAUCCAGGGCCGCAGGGUGGCCGAGGAUGAUGAACACACUGAGUACGACACAUCUGAUUCAGAUGAAUCCGUGAAGCAAUUCCUUUUCCGAGACGGCGAGACGGCGGUAAGACAAGUAGAGCGCGGAUUUGCAGCCGAAGCAGUUCGAGACCCGGAGGGGGCAGUGGACUUUGUGGCAGCGGAGGAGGGAUGGGAGGAAUUCGUCCAGAGAGUACGGAUGGGCCGCUUGAACGAGGAGAUUGCACCAACAGAAAUCACCGACGAAGAUGCUCUACGAACCUACGCCAAGGAUGCUUUCGGCAGCAUGCUUCAUGCAGCUACCUACAUCCAGGAGCAAGAGGCGAGUGGAAAGGUCGUCGGCUACGAUGGCACCGCUGAUUUCCCCGUGCACCCACGGGCACUUUCCAUUCUGGCAGACGCAGCUCUGACCGAGCCCGUGCCCCAACAUCUUCCAAUGAUGCGAACCGACCCCAGCACCCACCACCGUGCUCUCCUCCCCCAGCCCACCCACGCCCACCCGGGCCCUCCUCCCUCCCUCCACGGCCACGGGCCAACCGACCCGCGGUCCUUCAUCCUCCCACGGCCCACCCCCACCCAGCAGCCGCGGCGCCUUCUCCCCGCCCGCCAGCAGCUGGGUCUGGGGCUGGGCCUGCCCGACCCGUUCGCAAUGAACGGGCCGCCGCAGCUGCCCCCACCCCCGGGAUCCAACUUCGCGCGCCUGCCCCUGCCGGGCUACAUGCCCCAGGGCCACGCGCCAUCUCUGUACUUCCCCCCGCCGCCGCCCGGAUCGCACCCCCCGCCUCCGCCGCGCGGGUACUAG